UUCGGGCCUGCGCUCGCCCUCUACAUCUUCACCAUCGCCACCGAGCCGUUGCGCGUCAUCUUCCUCAUCAUUGGAGCUUUCUUCUGGUUGGUGUCUCUGCUGCUUUCUUCCUUUGUUUGGUUCAUGGCAUCAACCAUUGCUGACAACAAAGAUGGACCGGUACAGAAAUAUCUGUUGAUCUUUGGAGUGUUAGCCUCGGUCCUUAUCCAAGAAAUGUUCCGGUUUGCAUAUUAUAAACUUUUAAAAAAAGCCAGUGAGGGCUUGAAGAGUAUAAACCCAGAUGAGACAGCACCAUCUAUGCGAUUGCUGGCUUAUGUUUCUGGCUUGGGGUUUGGGAUCAUGAGUGGAGUCUUCUCCUUUGUAAAUACCCUGUCUGACUCCUUGGGACCCGGCACAGUGGGCAUUCAUGGAGACCCUCCCCAGUUCUUCCUAAAUUCAGCUUUCAUGACGCUGGUGAUCAUACUGCUGCACGUGUUCUGGGGCAUUGUGUUUUUUGAUGGCUGUGAGAAGAAAAAGUGGUACUCCCUUCUCGUGGUUUUUCUGACCCACCUGCUUGUGUCAGCCCUGACCUUCAUAAGUCCACAUCAUGGCUUAAACCUGGUGUCAGCGUACAUCAUCAUGGUGCUCACGGGCACCUGGGCGUUCUUUGUUUCUGGAGGCAGCUGCCGAAGCCUGAAGCUCUGCCUGCUCUGCCAGGACAAGGACUUCCUCCUUUUCAACCAGCGCUCCAGAUAACCUCCGAGGACCAGCCCUUCGCAAACAGUAAGCUGCGUCUUUAGAGGAAGCACAACUGUGCCUUUUUCUAAAAAUCCCUUUUCCUGGUGAAAUUUAGAAAAGACAAAACUAUCUAGAUAUGAUGUGGCUUUCAUGCAGUGGCUUUCUGAAAGGGAUGCACGAGUGGUGUGCAGCUGGCUUAAUUUAAGAAUCACCUGGGGAGACGGAAGGUAAACUGAUUUCUGGGCUCCACCCUCCAGAUUUAAUUGUCUGGACAUAUGGUAAUUUUUUUAAAGCUUCUUAGAUGACUCCGAUGUGCAGCCAAGUUGAGAACCAUCGAUGUCCAAAUAGGAACUUCCUGAGAAUACCAUAAGUAAGAAAGAAUGGUAUGUUUAGCCGUCUCCUCACUCAGUUGAGCAAGUAAAUAUCUGAAUGUCAAAUCCUAGUUAGCGUUUGUCUUUUUCAGUUCUGAAGUCUCCAGAUGCUAAAGGGCUGUCAUCUCUGUGAGCUGUUCUCACGUACUCCGCCAGUGCCGUGUUGUAUGAGAGCACGGCGGGCUGUGCUUCUAACUACAGUAAUUAGUUGCACUGACUUACUGUGGUAUUUCAGCCAAAGUCAGCUACUGCUUAUUAAGCGAUAUUUUUCUGUAGUUUUUCCAUUCUUGAUUUUGCUUUUUUUGGAGGCAUUACAUUGUUUUUGAGCAUAGAUUUGAGCAUAAACAAUUAUUUCCUGACUUCCUGGGAAGAUAUUAUAAAACCAAGAAUUUGUGUGCAUCUUCUGUUAGUCUUCCCUGGGUUUAAGGCUUCUCAUGGGCUCUGCCCCAAGGCGGUGUUUACCAGCUGAGUUCCAGCUGCCGGACCAGUUGGGCUGAAGCCCGUUGUUCUAUCGCUGAGCCGUUCUGCAGGUUGCUGAGUGAUGCGUCCUGGGACCGGUUUCACUGGAGCCGGUACAAGUUUACUAAAAGCAGGAGGAAAACGAGCCAGGGUGGGGUUGACACUUCCAGUUAGCUCCUGGAAUACUAACUAGCACUUCCCCCCAAAAUGGUAUAAUGGAAAAUUGGAAAUGUGUCUUAAAUUGCCAAAUUCAUGCUUUUACAUAAUCCGUAUAAUCUUUAGACAUAGUAAAUGUCUCUGGAUUUUGGACAUAGCAUUCCCUUUACAGGAGUAUCUAAGGUGUUUGUUCAGCUUCCGAUCAACCCUUUUGGUUCCUCUCGUAAAGAAGAAUUGUGCCUUUGCUGACUAGAAAUUGUUCUCAGUUGGUGGUUUAGUUGGUGGUUUUUAGGGAGCUGGUGGUGUGUGAAAUGGAAAUUGCCUACACAUUAAAGUGAGAACCUCAGUGAAUCCCAUAUGUACAGUAGAACAGCCAAAAGAAACAGAAGCAGCGGUGAGGGGGCUCACCAGUGGCAGGACAGAUGGAAGCAUUUGACAGGACUGCGGUGGGAAGAGUAAUGGGCACGUUGCAAAUGGAAACACGGCCAGUCUUUUGGGCUAGCCACAUGUCAUUCCAGGGACCAGAACCUUCCAUGUGAACUAGACCUUUAUGAAUGAAAUCCCCUCUCAUGUUUAAAUUAUUAGAAUUUUUCAAUUUAGGGGUUUAAGAAGGGUUUCUAGCAAGGCUGUAACAGUCCCAUAAGCAAGGCUGUGAACAGCUCCAUAAACAAUUAUAGUUACUCCCCUAAAGUUUACUUUAGCACUAACAGUAAUGCUUCCACUGGGGUCUGCAUUUUCCACCUUUAUACAAGAUUUUCUUUAGACUAGAUGAGUCAUAGGUAGAGUCAAGGACAUAGCAACUGAAUAGUGAAAUUGUGCAGAGUUGAGGGGGACAAGAUACCCAUUGAACUGGUCCUCGUUCCUUUUGGAGCAUGGUGUUCUUUGAUGCACAGGAUAAGAAAAGUAGAGUUGGUUAUUACUGUUGACUUACACAUCUCUUAAAUGGAUAGUCUGAUGAAAUAGCUGCUGAUCUGUACAGUGUAGAAAAAUCUGAGAAUAUUAAUACUACUCAUACUUGAGGUCGGAGGAUGUCCUUGGAGCAUUAGUAGUUUAAUAUUAAGUAAAGAACCCGGGAUAUUGUGAAAUCUCAUUUAUAAAAACAUCUCGGGCAAGAAGAAAACUUUCUUGGAUGGUGAGACUGUUAUCUGAGUUCAGGAAAUUAUUUAAUAAUCCUUGAUUACCCAGAAAUAAAGGAGCUUUGCAUCCUUACUUGUGGGCAUUGCCGUAGUCCGCUUAAGCACUACUGUUGCCAGUAGCCUUGCCUUGCCUGGUGCCAAGGAAGCCCAGCAGGAGAAUAGUCUUCCUCUGUCGCUGUGUAUAUAUUGAGAUGUGCUUCUUUUUUUUUUUUAAUUUUUAUUUUUUGCAUUUGUUAUCUAUAAUGAGCUUUCUGAGCCGUGAUAGCAUUUGGAGGGGAGGCGGUGGUGGUAAUCUUGUGUGUUCUCCACAAAGGGCCUUCUCAGUUUGGAGGGAAUGUGGCUGUAUUCCGAACUAACCCUGGAACAUGGAGAUGGUUGCAGCACUUGACUGCCUUGCCAUGUGAAUAAUAGAGACUGAUUUUGCUCUCUAAUAAACCUGUAUUUAUUUUUAACUCAUUUGAGUUGGUAGUUGUAACUGGAGUUUCUGUUACCUGGAUCCUGGCCUACCCGACUGGCAGCUUUGUAGCAACAGCCCCUGAGCAUCUUAGUGAAAGCACGACUGAAAGGAAUAGAUGGUAUCUGUAGACUGAACAGAGAGUGACUUUUCUUCCCAAUGUUAAUAUUUUUCUUCUCCAGCACAUUCAGUGUUUGCUGAGAGUGACAGCUAACACAUCAAAAAUGCUAGGUGACCUUGUCCGUAGAGUUGGUGCAGCAUAAGCAGUUGCGACAGAAGUGCCCUCCUACCUGGUACUCUUGCCACUCGCCUCAAACGAGCCCCAAGCCAGGGACUGGUGGUCAGAGUGGGCCUGAGGGCUCCGGGGACGCCAGGCCAGCAGCCCGCCUCGGGCAUCGGCAGCCUGCUUCCUGGCAAGAGCUCCUUGUGAGUGCUAGCUUUUUGUUGGCUGCAUCCUGGGCCCCAGCAUUCCUAACUCCAGGUGGACAAAGUAGAUGUCACAACAAAAUGAUUUUAAAGUUCUUUGCUUAGAGCACCUUGUUUAUGAUUGCAAUGUUUACAUUUCUCAUUUAAUGAAAGGCUUUACUUCAUCCCAUUAAAUUUUAGUGUUUCGAGGGGUGGGCACUGUCUCUGCACCGUAUGUAUCAUUUUAUUUGAGUUACACUGUUAUGUCUUAUAUGUUUGUAAUAUCAGACUUUGCAUUCAAUACUCAAUGCAAUAGACUCUUUCCAGACCUGUGUUUUUCAGCGAACAAUAAAAAGAUUGUUUGUCACUA